AUGCUGAAGAUGCCAACCAUCAAAGGAACCCGAAAACGCCUGGCUUCACAAUUUGAGCCGCGCAAGCCACGAGACAAUGCCGUCUACUCAAUUGUUUUAGGCACUGCUGGUGCUGACCAUCAGUUGGUGAAGACCAUCGACACAGCAGCAGCCCCUAGCCCCUCGGUGGGUACCACGUCCACAACCCCGGGGGGUUUCGACAGCAAAGCCGAGCAGGGUGAAGCAGUCGCUGAUUACGACGUCAAAGAGGAUAUGUGGUCCAAUGUUGAAUACAAACCUGAUGGUGUGGUAGGUCCUGAACCAAGAAGCAUGACGGUGCUGGUACCCAUCAAGACUGGUUCGGGCCGCGAACUGCUAGUGGCCAUGGUUUGGCGAAGGAUCACAAAGCGAAUCUGGGUCAUGUCGGAGCUGGUUGAAUGUUUUCAGACGUUUUGGGCGUUUGAUGUGAGCAAUGAGAAAUGGUUCCUGACGGAACUGAAUGACCAAGAACCUGCUCCAGGUUCACGAGACCGCUUUGAUACCGACAUUUGGGUCAGUGACGAAGCAAAAGGAGAUCGAGUCAUCGUACAUGGAGAACUCCACAAUAGCAAUCAACAACUGAAUGAUGCGUGGAUGUUCCAAAUCUUCCGGGCCGGAUAUGUGAACCAGUUGCAAUACGUCAACCAGCAACAGUCGGCCUCACUGGCAUAUUCUCUUAGAUGUGUAAAUCCAGCAUCACUGCUCGGCCGCAAUGAGGCUGAGUAUUAG